AUGGCCCUCGUCGUUCCAUCCCUCACACUGGCCGGCACCCGUGUCCGUGCCUUCAACCAAGAUGACCCGCGCAGUAUCUGGAUGUACGUUGAGGAAUACUACAACACGGAGAUGCUGCAAAAAGUGUUCAACUACUACGACCUGAAGCCGCUGAAUAUCCGCUUCAUCACCGACAAGCGAUCCGGCAAGCCGGCCGGAUAUUGUUUCGUCGAUUUCGCGACGCCGGCUGAUUGUAUUCAAGCGAUGCUGAGGGUUUAUGGAAGAGAUGUGCCCUAUACGAACCCCACGAAGAAAUUCUCAGUGGCUUUUGCCAAGAAUCCCCAAAUACCGGAAGUGGAUUUCGUGAUCUAUGUGAACAAUUUGGCACGAGAUACGAAUGAUGGGGAAUUAUUCAAGCUGUUCCUGUCCCGAUAUCCCUCAUGUCGAUCUGUACAUGUGAGAAUGGCACCCGGACAUCGAAGGGCCAGCGCCACUGUGCUAUUCGCCGAUUAUUAUGAGCAACAACAGGCCAAGGAGGAAUUCGAUGGGACGUCGUUUGGCGGAUAUGAGAUGCUGAUCACCACCACUGAGCCCCGCAUCAAGCUGCCGAGGAGUUUGGAGGGCAAGAAGGAGGCUGAUGAUUACGUCGAAUUCGUCCACAAUCAGGUACAACAAUUCAAAGCCAUUCGCCGCAACGCCGACCUGGAGCGAAAACUGCAAGCCCGAAUGGCGAAACAAGCAGAAGCCGAGGCAUCUCAACGGGCAAAGAUUGCUUUCUACGGCAAGCCGCUGCCCACCGUCGAGGAGAAGCCAAUGUUCGACAAUGUUCUCAUGAAUCCCCUUCAUACAACUGAGGAGUUGAACAACUUCUUCGUUAGGUGCGACAAUCGACUUUUCGAAGAGAUUGGAAAGAGUCGAUAUCUGGCUGGAGGGAUAUUGAUGGAUGAAUUAAUGCUGAAGGACGAGUUGCGAGAUGUUUAUAAAGUGGAGGAGAGCAGUGAUAGCGAUCAGACGUGGACAAGAUCGACGCAAAUCCACGAGCAGAAGGGCCAAGCGGGCACGACGCCAUUCUUGAGGCAUCCGCUUGAAACUUAUCGUUUGAGGAUGCGA